AUGAACCACGAAAAUAACAACAACAAUUUUCACAACAAAAAAUUAAAUUUAAAUGCUACAAAUGAUAAUUGGAUUAUCCAAACUACAAUGUUACAUGUUGGUUAUUUUAUCCACACUUUAAAAGCACUGUCAAUGUUUACAAACAAAGCUACACGUAAUUAACCAGAAUACAUUCACGGUCGUUCCCAUUGACUGAUUGAGUAACAGUUACAGUGUCACUCGAAUUUCUCGUCGCAAAAAAUUAGUUUUGAUCUUCUUGGAUUAGUGAGCUGUAAAUCAGCCACCAACUAAUAUAAAUCAUCAUCAAGAGUAACAUUUCGGGCUACAGAUAUUUGAUAAUAUCGAUUAUUGGAUUCAUAUAUAAUAUAUUUAUUUGUGACCUAUAAGAGUCCUAUCUAUGUGUACCCCUUAAAAUCCACUGUUUUGACUGGAGUCUUGUGGAGAAACAAACGGUCAUUAUGCCAAUAGAAAAGAUGACCAUUAAAUGAUUUUAUAAUUAAAGAAAACCAGAAAUGGCAAAUUCUAUUAACUUUAAGAGAAAGUUAAUAAGAGAAGUAAAUGACAAAAUAAAUAAAACCUUUCAGAGAAAUCAACAUGUAACACCGGACCUGAUUAGUAGAUUAGGGUUAGAAAAAGAGUUAGAGGGUCAUCAAGGAUGUGUAAAUUGCCUGGAAUGGAAUGAAAAGGGAACAUUAUUGGCUAGUGGAUCUGAUGAUGUUCAGAUUAUAUUAUGGGACCCAUUCAGCCAUAAACAACUAUCCAGUUUACGAACAGGUCAUCAAGGUAACAUAUUUGCUGUAAAGUUCUUGCCUAAUUCUAAUGAUGUGAUACUAGUCAGUGGAGCUGCAGAUAGUAAAAUUCGGGUUCAUGAUUUAAAUAUGAAAGAUACCACACAUGUUUAUAGUUGUCACGCUGGUCGUGUAAAGAGAAUAGCCACUGCUCCAACCAUUCCAUUUAUGUUCUGGAGUGCUGCAGAAGAUGGCACUAUUAUGCAAUUUGAUCUACGCUGUACAGACACAUCCCAAACUAAUCCACAGAAUAUUCUUAUAAAUCUGAAUGCUCACAUGGGAGAAUAUGCUGAAGCUAAAUGUUUGUCUAUUAAUCCUCUUCAACCUGAAUUAAUGGCUGUAGGAGCUAAUGAUCCAUAUGUUAGAGUUUAUGAUAGAAGAAUGUUAACAUGUAGACGUAUGCAGUAUCCUGGAGAGGCAAGCAAUAGGUUUCCAUGGGAUCAUCCACAUUUAGAUGCUGUAAGUGGUGAAGAUUAUAGUUUACCAGUUGGUUGUGUAGAUUAUUAUGUGGCAGGCCAUUUACCAAAGAAACAAUCUGACUAUAUAAGAUACAAACGAUACAGAAGUUUAGCUUCAACAUAUGUAACAUUUAGUCCAACUGGUUCAGAACUAUUGGUGAAUUUAGGAGGAGAACAGAUUUAUUUAUUUGACAUCAAUAAGAAACGGCAUCCUCAGAAAUAUGACAUAUCUUUAAUUAAAAGUGCAAAUGGAGUCGUAAGAGAAGCAACAUGUCCCCCUACUAACGGUUUCAGUAUUCAUCGAACAGAUGCCAAUGGGGUUACUAAUGGUGUUAAGCCUCUAAUGUCCAUGCCAUCAACUAGUGCCUCUUUUCCUCAGCCAGUAGAAUUUGAAAUAGAUGACCCAGAAAAAACAGAAAAGGCCAGACCAUAUAGAAAACACAAAUCCGAUGUCAAGUUAGCCCCUAGUGUAGAAUAUUUAAAGAAAAGGGCCAAUAAUUACUUUGAAAAGGAUGAAUUUACGAAGGCCAUUAUGAUGUAUAAUCAGGCAAUAUCGCGUGCUCCUCUUUCUUCCGUCCUAUUUAGUAAUCGGGCAGCUGCUUAUAUGAAACGAAAAUGGGAUGGUGACUUAUAUGCAGCAUUAAGAGACUGUCACUGUGCCUUGAAUGUUGAUCCAAACCAUUUGAAGGCCCAUUUCCGUUUAGCACGCUGUCUCUAUGAACUAUCCUGGGCACCAGAAGCAUUUGAAUGUCUACAACAAUUUAAAAUAAAAUUCCCUGAUUAUGCUAAAAGUCAUGCUUGUGUAACAUUAGAUCGUGAUAUAAAAGCAGCCAUAUUUUCAAAAACAGAUACAGUUGAGAAAGAAGGUGGUAGUGGAGAUACUCAUGAAAAACAAAGAUCAGUGGUGGUCUCUGAACAAGAGAAAUACUGGACAAAUCAAGCAUAUGAUUAUGAGUCCAGAUUUUGUGGGCAUUGUAAUACCACAACCGACAUAAAAGAAGCUAAUUUCUUUGGAAGUAACGGACAGUAUAUAGUAGCAGGAUCAGAUGAUGGGUCAUUUUUUGUAUGGGAGAAAGAAACAACUAAUAUUGUUCGUGUAUUAAGAGGAGAUGAUUCUAUAGUGAAUUGUUUACAGCCCCACCCUACUUCCUGUUUACUAGCUACUAGUGGUAUAGAUCCAGUUGUUCGCCUUUGGAGUCCGAGACCAGAGGAUGGUUCCAAAAAUGAACGUGAAAUUGACAACUCAGAUGAUGCUGCAUCUGCAAACCAAAAACGAAUGAAUGCUGAUCCUUUAGAAAUCAUGUUAAUGAAUAUGGGCUACAGAAUUACAGGGUUUUUAGAUGUUGAUGAGGAGGACAGUGAAAGGUCAGAGCAGCCUGUAAAUUGUCAUCAGUCAUAACACAAAAAGGCCUUUUGUUUUGUUAUGACUUGUAUAAACCUUACUGAUGCCACGUUCCUCUUUUAUAAAAAUGACUAAGAUACUUCCCAUAAUUUAAAUUAUUGAUCUAUAUAUUAGCACCAAAUGUUUUCACGAUAUUGAAGAGUUCAGUAUGUAGCGUAGUAAAGGAUUAUUUUGAUCUUAUUAAUUGGAAAAACUCAUUCAAUGUAAUUCUAAUGUUAAACUGUAUUAAAAAUCAUAUUUGUGACUAACUCUGGCUAAAUGAGACACAAGAUUCAGGGCUCCUAUUUGAGAUAUUGCAGGAAAUAUUAAAAACAAUUCUUAUUAUCGAUUUUGAGUUUCCAGAAUAUUCAUGGUAAAUAUGACCUUAUUUGCCCAAAUGACCAAACUUAGCAACAAUGCACAAUUUUUUUUGUUUUGGAUUGCUUUAAAGCCUUGCUUUGUUUCAGUAAUUUUCAGUUACUUUCUUCUUAAAAUUAAUAUUCAUGUAUACCAACUUCAAAACCAUCUCAGACAUUUUCUAGGAUAUAUGGCAUGCACCAAUUUUAAAGGUCAUUGAAAUUCAGAAUUUAAAAUGUGCUUAUUUGUAUUUUGGCCUAUUAGUCUCAUUUAGCUAGAGAGUAGUGCCAGUCAUGUUUAACACUAUUUAACAAUCAAUUUGGUCGGUGUUCUACAUUUUACUUGAGUUAUAUGAUGUUAGCUAUUGAUUACCCAGAGUUCUCCUGUUUAAGGAACAAGAACCCAAGUCAAAACCUUUGAUUAAAACAGAUGAAUUAUUUUCAAACUUGUAAAUGUUAAUGCUUAACUUUUUCUAGUUAUUAGAAAAAAGUAAGAAACUGUGAUAUAUCGUAAACAAAAAAGAGGCAUUUGAGAUGUCUUCCAUUCAGUUGUGUUUCUCCAAAAGUACAAACCAACCAAUUGAUGUUCAUAUUAAAAUGCUUCUAUUGCCUUUGUUAUAUGUAACGUCUAACUUUACUUACAUAAGAUAUGGUGGACAAGUGUGUUAACCAAUAUUAUCAGCCUAGGAAACAUUAAGGCUGAGGGGUUUUUUUUUUCUGCUUCCGAACUUGUCUCAGUUUGUGUGCAGUGUACUACAGCUCAUAACAGUUUUAAAGGAGCUAAAUCGUUAAUAUUUGGGACCUAGAAAUUGACCCAAAUGGGUUGCAACCAUAUAAUAAUGUUAUCUGAUUGUAUAUAAACUGAUUUACAUUCAAUUGUUUCCGUUUUGACUCUUAAUUUCAAAUCAGUUACAUCCAGCGAAAUACAGCAUGAGUUUCAACCGAAUGGCAAUUUCUAGCGUCUGGUUAUUCCCGUCUAUUGUGCAUGCUCUCCAGAUAAUAUAUGGCGUGACCGUUCGACAUGAGUUGUGGAAUAUGUCUAGCCUCGUUCUUUCUGGUCAUUUGUUACAAAUGACGCUGAAAUGCACUAUGGUACACGAUUCGUGUACCAAUGGUAAAAUGUUUAUUUUGUCUUAAAUAUUGGACAAUUCAUCAAAUCAAUCCUGAACAUAAUCUGAUUAACCCGUGAUUUCUCCAUUGACCAUUGUCUCACGUUUUAAUCUCCUUUGUGUCGGACAAUAACACGUAGAAAUUAGUCCUAUAUGUCACAUAUCCUGAUAGUAUAUAACACCUCAAAUCAACAUACAUUGUAUCCGAUAAUUUGUCUGUGAUAUAUUUUCGGUGGAAGCCGAAGUUAAAUAAAGAUAUUUCACACACAUGGCGCUUAUAGAGUUCAGUAAUUAAAAAUGAAAGUACAAAUCUCGCGAGACACGUGAAAUUAAGAGAUGUAUACGUGCUGAAUCCAAUACGCCUGAUGUUCGAGAAAAGUUUCUAUUUUGUUAGCAUAUUGUCGGAUUUAUGAUCAUAUUUUGAAGGGGGUUUAUGUCUUUAAAUAAAUAAAUAAACACGCUAAGAAAUGUUGACGAAUAUUUCGAUUGGAAUGACGUAAGUAGUUAAUUGUUUUAGACGAUAGCGCGUGCUACAGUCGAAUGCAAUUAUUUAGAAGUUGGUGUCACUCGCUCAUUAGGGCGUCGUUUACUACAGUUUACGGCCAAAUAAAUUUCGGGAUGUCAUUUUUUUACCUUCCGUAUAUAAAUCGAAACGGAGUAUCAGACGAAUGUCGGAAUUUGCUGAAAAAUGUACCGACGUAUGACCCGAAAAAUACAGUAAUUUUGGGAGAGUUUGAAACAGAUCGGCAGCAGUCGGCACGCUGCCAAUUCUAUAGUAUUGUAUUACGAUGUCAUGUAAUUUUGUAGGAAUAUUAUUGACAUAAAUUUGAUUAAUUUGAAUACCGUACGGGUUUUAAACAUGAAAUAUAACGAGGUGCACCUAUUUUUUUUUACAUAUGAAUUUGAAUAUAUUUUGUUGACACAUGAUUCUUAAUUGUGUCUUGAAAACGUCUGCUUAAAUUACGGUAAGAGUUAUGCCCCUUUAUUUUCCGGAAAAAAUGUCCGACAUGAAAUUUUUUGAAAUCCCAUCACUGAUCAGAAGCCUACCUUUUCCCGGUAAGAUCACAACAUCAAUGUUGAUUUGAAUUGACAAAUAAUUCGCGUUAUCAACUUGUAAUACUUUGGAUGAUAUUGAGUUAGAGACUUAGCUACUUUAAGGUAAAUUUCACAAGCGAUAAGAUCAAGAGUUACCCUUCCUCAGGGGCAUGAACAUUUACCAUUCCAUGAGUUUUAAGUUCAAAGGGUUAAUAAAUGUUUGUUUCAGUUUAGACUCUGGAUUUAAAGACUACCAAUAAUAGCUUUUACAUAAAAUGAAAACUUUUUCAGUCUGUGUAUUUUUGUAUUAAGAAUCAUAAAUAUUUGUAAUUUAAUUUAAUUAUAAAUGUGAAUUAUGGAUAUUAUGUAACCACUGCAUUAAUUAAAUCUGUUUUAUCCUUAUUAGUUGCAAAAUAAGUACAUGUACUUUCAUUAUAACAUUUAUCUUGUUAGCUUAUCAAGAUUUUGAAUGGUUCCUAAUGAGUUGGUAACCAAGGUCUCAUAUAUUGUUUAUUGUAGUUAUAAAAAUGCUAUUUUAAUCCCUUUUUAAAGAGUCUGUUGAUCAUGAAAAAUCAAACAUGUCAAUUGGUGUUGUAUUGAUGUAAAUUAUUUUAGGCAUUAUAAUGGUUUGCUUUGCUUGUAAAUAAACUGUUACUUAUAAUUAUUAUAGAUUUAAACAAUACAAUGUUGUUUUUAUUCACUAUCUGUUGGUUAUUUGAAUAAACUGUAUAAUGUAAUUAACUAUUAUACAUGUAGCAUGGUACUGGUAUGUGAUACCUCAAAUAAACAUACAGUGUUAUGUAAUCAUUUCUA